AUGUUACUCAACAAAACCAGGCUGGUGGGAUUCACUAAUAGAUCCCACAAGAGCAAUAUGGAGGGUAAUUCCACGUCAGAUAUUGUGAUCCUCAGUGGCAAUUCGCACCCUGAACUGGCUGAUUUGAUCGCUAACCGACUUGGUGUAAGAAAGGGAGGAUGUUCAGUAUACCAUAAAACCAACAGAGAAACUAUGGUUGAGAUUGCUGACUCUAUUCGUGGAAAGAACAUUUAUAUUGUUCAGACUGGAACAAAAGAUGUUAACAACAACAUAAUGGAGCUGUUAAUAAUGGCUUAUGCUUGUAAGACUUCAUCUGCUCGGUCUAUUGUAGGGGUGAUUCCAUAUUUGCCAUACAGUAAACAGUGUAAAAUGAGGAAAAGAGGUUGCAUUGUCACUAAACUCCUGGCUAAAAUGAUGUGUAAGUCUGGCUUGACACAUAUUAUUACAAUGGACUUACAUCAGAAGGAAAUUCAGGGUUUUUAUGAAUGUCCAGUUGAUAAUUUAAGAGCAUCUCCUUUCUUACUUCAGUAUAUUCAAGAAAGUAUUCCAGAUUAUCGCAACUCUGUGAUAGUGGCACGUAACCCCGGGUCUGCUAAGAAAGCCACAUCAUAUGCAGAGAGGUUAAGGUUAGCUAUAGCUGUCAUUCACGGUGAACAGAAAGAAGCUGAAAGUGAUGAAGUAGAUGGACGCUACUCUCCACCAUGUUUACCUAAUAGGUCUCGCACCAUGGAUGUGUCUGUUGGUGUACCUGGUAAUCCAGCUAAGGAAAAGCCACCAAUAAAUGUAGUUGGUGAUGUAGGUGGCCGAAUUGCUAUUAUGGUGGACGACAUGAUAGAUGACGUACAGUCUUUCGUCGCCGCGGCUGAGGUCCUCAAGGAAUGUGGAGCUUACAAAAUUUACGUGCUUGCUACACACGGACUGCUAUCUUCAGAUGCUCCACGGCUCAUUGAAGACUCGCCGAUCGACGAGGUGGUCGUCACAAACACAGUCCCACACGAACUUCAAAAGAUGCAAUGCAACAAAAUCAAAACCAUCGACAUAUCAGUACUCCUCAGUGAGGCAAUCCGCCGCAUUCACAACAAGGAGUCCAUGUCAUAUCUCUUUAAAAAUGUUACCCUUGAAGACUAA